AUGUCCUCUGCGGGCUCACGAAAGCCUUCCCUUCCUCUCACAUCUGCAACCAUCCGGUCUCGUGCCAGAAAGGCUGGCGAACCAACUCAACAACAUAUCAACACCAAUCUGAGCGCUCAUCCGCGUACAGACCCCAUCAGCGCGUUCAAUGUUCUGCUUAAACUCUUCGCCUCGCUUCCAGGACGCGUAGGCGGUUGCAAGUACAAGUUCACACCUGCUGAGCACACCCUUUCCCUUCAUCUCUUGUCUAUUGUCGAACCGUACACCUUUCACGGUGUUCGUGCUCUAGACACUAGCUCUCCGAAAAUCACGCGCGUCAGCGGGCUUGUAUACCAGCCGACAGAGAUACUGGAUGCCAUCAUGUCCCACGUCGACACCAAGCGCGAUUUAUUGCAUGUGGGAUUGUGCUGCAAGCAGCUGCACAGCAUUGUUUUCCCAAGGCAUUUUGAGUAUCGCCUGAUAAGGUGUAAGGUUUCUUCUAUCAGCGUAUGGAACCAUCUGGUUGUCCACAAAUCCUUGGCUAGGAACGUGCGAAGGCUUGAGAUACUCGAUGAGCGCUGCCUGUCAUCUGGCCCGAAUGGUGGUCGGAACGAUGCCAACAAUGGCAUGGUCAUUCCUAGGGGCGUACUGGAAGGGGACACGGAUCUCGAGUCGACUGAUGACGAGUUGGGUAUGCACAAUAAACAAGAACGCUAUUUUGUAGCAGCACUGACGCGCAUGACUGGCCUGAGGGUGUUCAAGUGGGCUUGCAACCACUCCCCGAUUUCUAUGCAGCAUCUCUGGCCAGUAUUGAUGACGCGAUGUGUUACGCUCCAGACGGUAGAGAUUUGUGAUAAUCUCAUAUUUGCAUCCCAGGUGGAUGAAAAUAAUAAUAGCGACGGUGAAGUUGCGAUCGUCAGUAGACCGAAGAGAAAAGUUCAUGCAGCGCUAUCAGAGAUGACAAGUGUUGCCUUCCGCUCGACAGCUCAUAGCUAUGGGUCGUCGAAGCAUCCUGACCUCUCCCACAUCUCACAUAUCCUCAACCAAUGCCCCCACCUCAAGAACCUCGAGAUCACGUAUACAUCCCCGCGCGCUUCGAAUGGCGGAGCAACUGCUCAGCAGACAGCCAGCAGUUCCCGCCCCUCUGUGGAUGAGUUCCUUAUGUAUAGCCGCUGGAGAAACCUCACCUCCGUCGCGCUGACAAACCUCCGCUGUGGUUCCACAGCUCCUCUCGCUGCCUUCCUCUGGGCACAUCAAGCCCUUGAAGUUUUACACCUCGACAUCAAUGUUGGAGCAGCAGGUUUCAGAGCCAUAGAGCUUCCUGAUGACUCCCUUCCCAAUCUAAGGGAAAUCAAGGCACCUAAAGAUAUGGUAAACGCUGUCAUUACUUGCCCUUCGACCCACCCUCGACCCCUUGAGACAAUUAAAGGAUUUAAACUUGCUGGGUGUGGAAAUAAUAUAGGCUCACAUCGCACAGUUUCUGAUGGCGUAUUUCUUGGCAAUCUCAGACGAGUGCCAGUGCGCAGAAUCGAAAUGAUUGGGUGGCAUGAUAUGGACGAUAUCAAGAGGUUAGUGGCGGCCAUUCCAGGAGUAACCCAUCUGGAUAUCGGAAAGAGGAUCGGUAGCCGCGAGAAGGAACGCGCUGCUGCGACUGGUAGCCCUGUGACAAACAUGGUGGAAUGGGCGGAGUUACUAAGUACCCUGCCUGAACUGACCGCUGCGCAUGGAAUCAAAUUCUUCUACGAGGUUGCCGCCGUAGGGGUAGCUGGAAGUAUCUCCGCAGCUGGCCCGACUUGCAUUGGGGAGCAUUCAAACAAUCGAUCUGACCAUGGACUAGGCACCAUUCCUGGCAAAACGCCGCAAUUGUCAAUGAUGGAGCGUAGCCGGAUGCGCAAGAACGACGAAAUUGCGGGUGUUCUGGCAUGGAAAUGUAGUAAACUUCGUCGGGUUGACCACUGGGAGUGCUCUGAAGGAGGAAAGGUGGUAGUGCUGUUGCGGGACGAAAGUGGAAAAGGGAGGUGGGAAGUGAGGAGAUUGAUUUACAAAUCACGUGUACAGUUAUAA